AUGAAGGCUAUUUCCGGGCAGCGGGAGCUCGAGACGCUACUCAAGAGCAAAACGGCGGUUGUUUUGAAGUUUUCAGCAACGUGGUGUGGACCAUGCCGUGCAUUUGCGCCGUUUAUGGAUAAAUUGGAUGCACAGUUCCCUGGGGUGGCAAUGUACGAAGUAGACCUUGAUGCGAACCAGGACAUUGCCAAGCAGUACUCUGUCACGGCCGUUCCUACAGUUAUACUAUUCAAGAAGGGCAAAGAAAUUGGACGCAUUCAGGGAGCCGAUACGCAGCAGGCCAUGACCCAGGUCAAGCGACUGGCCGAGUCCUCCACGACGAUGGCUGACUAUGGACCGGGGUAUUCGCUAGGUGGGUCCGAUAAGAAGACCAAGGGAGUUGCAAUUCCAGCAUCCCGGAGCUCGCACUCGCUUUUAACAUGGAUCCGGCUAUAUUUCGUCACGUUAUUUUCAUUCGAUGCCCGCGCCGCCGCCAAGUCGUACCUGGGGGCCUGA